GAGGGUGGAGCCCUCAGGAGCAGCUGCGGUCCCGCCGCUCGCCGCUCCGAUGCCGGCGGGCACCGAGGAGCCGGCGGGCGCCGAGGAGCAGCCGCCUGCCGAGGAGCAGCCACCCGCUGAGAAGCAGCUACCCACCGAGGAGCAGCCACCCGCCGAGGAGCAACCACCCGCCCAAAGCUCGCCGGCGGCGGCUGAGAGGCCGCCGCCUUCGGGUCGCCGCCGUCCGCCCCUGUCCGCCACCGAUCAGGGGGAGGAGUCUGGAGGCAGCCGUGUACUAAGGGGCGGCCGGGAACGGGGCCGGGCCGCUACCGCCUCGGCCGCGGGGGGAGCCGCUGCCACCGUUUCUCGCCGUCGUAAGGCCGAGUAUCCUCGGCGCCGGCGGAGUAGCCCUGGGGCCCGGCCCGCCGCCGAGCAGCUCGCCGCCGAAACGCCACCCUCUGCUAAGAAGGCUCCUCGGGCUGGGUGCACAGAUAAAGUAGCUGGUAAAGAGCUUGCAAUGGGUGUUUCAGAUCCCAAAGAAGAGAAAGAGGAGGAAGAAGUUUCCAGCCUGCUCAGCCAUGGCUCUCCUGGCGGCACAGCCAGGCCCAGCAGAAGCUGGCGCAGCAGCAGGGCGGCAGCCGCCGCCACCCGCCAGUGUGACACCAGAUCAAAGACAGACUCCCUGCAGCUCGUCUGCAAGUCGGAGCCAAACACAGACCAGCUGGAAUAUGAGGUCACAGAAGGGCAUCAGUCUCCAGCUGGAAUCAGUGAUGAUGAGGAGAUGCUCAUCAGUGAGGAAGAAGUUCCCUUCAAAGAUGAUCCAAGAGAUGAAACUUACCGGCCCCAUCUAGAGAAGGAGGCACCAAAGCAGAGGAGAAAAGCUAGCAAAGUGAAAGAGGAGAAAGAGAAGCAGAAAGAGAUUAAAGUAGAAGUGAAAGAGGAGAGUGAGUUUCAGGAGGAGGAGGAACUACCAAGGAAGAGAGGAAGGAGGAGAAAGGAUGACAAAAGUCCAAGGCUGCCCAAGAGAAGGAAGAAGCCUCCAAUCCAGUAUGUCCGCUGCGAGAUGGAAGGCUGUGGCACAGUCUUGGCUCACCCCCGUUACCUGCAGCAUCACAUAAAGUACCAGCACUUGCUGAAGAAAAAAUAUGUGUGUCCUCAUCCCUCUUGUGGUCGGCUCUUCCGACUCCAGAAGCAGCUCCUGCGGCAUGCCAAACAUCACACAGAUCAAAGGGAUUACAUCUGUGAGUACUGUGCCCGAGCGUUUAAGAGUUCUCAUAACUUGGCAGUGCACCGAAUGAUCCAUACGGGCGAGAAGCCCUUGCAGUGUGAGAUCUGUGGAUUCACCUGCCGGCAGAAGGCUUCCCUCAACUGGCACAUGAAGAAGCACGACGCAGACUCUUUCUACCAGUUCUCCUGCAACAUUUGCGGCAAGAAAUUCGAGAAGAAGGACAGCGUCGUGGCCCACAAAGCCAAGAGCCACCCCGAGGUGCUUAUCGCUGAAGCGCUGGCUGCCAACGCAGGUGCCCUGAUCACCAGCACCGACAUCCUGGGCACUAAUGCCGAGGCCAUUGCACCGUCCACCGAUGGCCAGGGCCUCCCCCUUCUUCCCGACCCCCUGGGGAGCGCUGCCCCGGCAGAUUGCCUGCUGCUGGGCCCCGACGGGAUGCCGAAGCCGUACUGCGGCGGGGCGGAGCGUGUCAGCCUGGUGGCCGACGGCAAGCUCUUCGUGGGCAGCGGCAGCAGCGCGAACCCGGAGGGGCUGGUCAUGAACACAGAGAUCCUGGGAGCCACCACAGAGGUGCUCAUUGAAGAUUCAGACUCCGCUGGACCCUAGUGGGUGGGGAGCACCUGGGUGCCGGGACAGUCUAGACUCUGUAUUUAAAAGAGGGAAAAAAAAUAACGAAAACAAAAAGAAAAAACAAACAAACAAACAACCAACAAGAGACACUUAACUGAAAGAGAGAAAAGUUAAACGAAACUUACAGUACUAGUAAAUAACCGAAGGGUCUGCUCCCCUCCAGCGUGGAUCACAGCACAUCCUUUUUCUUCCAACCACUUCUCUCUCUCUCCCACUGCUCCUUUGUAGAAAGGGGCACAUGCUGCCAUUUACCAGAGCAAGUCGGACUGAGUGAUGAUGGAUUUCUCCAAGGGAGGGGGGAGCUGCUGAAAACCCUUCACUCUACCCCAAAGCAGAUGCCUUUCUGGCUCCUUGACGUGGCACCACUUGCAAACUAGGAAGUCUUUGAUACGCUCUGGAAAAGUUUCUUAGGACUCCCUCUGGCCCCUGGUCCCAACUUCUAUGCAUUGCUGCACUCUGAUCCUUGCAGACUGAUUCUUUCUCCCAGGGCUGGGAGUUUUGGCUUGGCACUUUAGGCCCUGUCGUGGUUUGAGGUGAGCUGUGAAGCAGCGCACGUCCCUCUCCCCACCACGCUCCCCUGCUCCAGCUCUGGCAGGAAGUGGAGGGAACGCCCUGGCUCAUAGAUCAUGUUUGCUUGGAGAGGCCCGGGGGCUACGGGAGCCCUGCGUGGGAGAGGCAAGGAGGAGCAUCCCAGUUUGACGACAGUAAUUUGCACUUUGAACAUGCUUCGUUUUUGUGUUGUGGUAACAAGAUUCCUUAUUUAUUGAUUAAAAAAGGGUCGGUAUUUUUAGUUAUGUUCUUAGGGGGUGGAGGUGGAAGGAGUUUGGGCUAUUUCCCAGUAGGCUCCUUUGCACUAGCGAGCUGCAGGGAGCAGGUCGCUGGGAGAGCUGGGGUGGAGGCAGCGUUCUGUAUUCAGAUGUCUCUCAGCUUUUCCAGAGUAGAGGGAGAACCCCUGGAGAAGAGUCUGUUUGCGGUGGGAGUCUCUGCAGCAGCAUUUUAGCAGGAGGAUGUGGUGAGUGAUGGAACAGCUGGCUGUUGUCUACCUCCCAGCUAGGGGUGAGCUCUUUGCAUUAAAUGCCCUUCAUGCCUCCCCCUUGCUCCCUAGCCUUUCAGGGAAGAACAUCAUCAGCCAGGAGCUUGUUCUCGUGACAUAGGACAGUUGUGAGCUGCUUGCUGCUGAGGAAUGUGUUCCUCAUCCAACUGCCUCUCUUUUCCAGGUCUAGACAAAAGAUACAGAAGCAGGGAUGGGAUAUGGUUGUCUCAGGCUUGUUUAUCCAAGGCAAUAGACUGACAGGGGACUAAGGGGCUGUCAGCAUCUCUCUCCCAGACCCAUUGUGGGGGAGGGGGUUGUACAGCCACAUUCUCGAAGCUUCUCUUCUUUGCAAACACCCCUGCUUUCCAGGAAGCCUGUUGGUUCAAGUGUUGUCUGCUGGUGUAGUUAGGACAGCUCUGAGCCCUUGGAAAAGUUUACAUAGGAUAUGAUGUGUCUGCUAUGGAGACUUGGAUCUUUUUCUCUUAUCUGAAUUUUGUGUGGAGAUUCAGUGGCCUUGAAUUCGUAGUGGUUUUGGAAGAGGUGAAGAAUAACCUGAGCUUUUCGUUUCCUUGGUUUUUGGGUUGUGUGGUUGGGAGCAGAGAACUGAGGUAUCUUGUUCGAGCACAAGGUUGACUUAAUUGGUCUGAGCACACAGCAGCUAGGCAGAAAUUGGGUAUGUGGGGUCUGGACAAUGGCAAUAAAACAUGGCAUUUAAUUGGAGACUUGUAGCAGGAAACUGACGCUGAACACCCACUCUGUCCCCUGCGCUGCCUGGAAAUUAAGCUGCAGGCCAAGCCUGACAGCUUUUAUUAAGCCAUUUGUCCUAAACUGCCCCUUCCCUUCCUCCUUUACACUGAUAGUGUUGUCGGGGCAAGUUGAAACACUGCUGGUGUUGGGGUGGUUUGUGGCUAAGCAGUUUUCAGCUGUGGUUGGUGUCUUAUAUCCUGGGUGUGGGCAUCCCACGUUCUCGCACUCUGGCAGCAGUAUGACUCCCAUGCCUGCAGGAGAUGCAUCUGGCUAGGAGCCUGUCCUGGAGGUAAGGGUGAGGGCCCAGUGUACCUAAAUGCAGGUCACUGGAAUGGUGUUUGUUAGGUCCCUGGUGGUACACGGUUAAACUAAACCAGUUUCUUCAGCUGGAAUGAUCCAGUUUCUUACUUGGAUCAGAUUAUUUCCAGCAGGUAGCUUCUGGGUGGCUAGCUGGCUCCCUUGUCCUUGCAGCACAGUAGAGAUAUGUGCAAACUCAGCUUGGAUGGUUCCAUGUCCCAGCAGUGUGGGUCUUCUGCCUGGGGAGGCUUGGGGACUGACUGAGCCACAUUGUGUGGUGGCGUGUUCCCUGUCCCCUGGCUUGGAUCACAGCCGCCGGUAGCAGAUGUGCUGGUGUAGUGCAGGUUGGCCAUGUCAUCCCCAUACUUACUGCAGACCACACUGCUGGAGCUGCUUUUCAUGCCCUACCCCUGUGCCCCAUGGGAGGUGCAAGUGGGCAGGGCCUGGCACAGAACACUAAGUGGAGAGCUCGGGGUUUUGUUUUCUGAGACAUGGCACUUCAAAUGUUUUUGAGUCAAGGGCUGGGCUUGCUCACCCCUGGUGAUGCAACACUUUGGCACCUGGCUGGGAGGCAAGAGAGGCUUCCUCAUCUGCAUCUGCCCCAACAGCUCUGAGCAGAGCCAAAGGUUUACCAUCAGCCACAUUUAUGGGAUGCAGUCGAGCAGCUCAUUUGCUUCCCAGCCUGGACACCUCUGAUCCCUGCUGCUCCCCACCCUGUCCUUCCAUGCACACCUCUUAGCUCUCUUUUUUUUCUUUUUCUGGGCUCGGCCCGUUGCCUGUCUGUCCUCUAACCACAGCCUGCUAACCCCUGGUGCAGGAGGGACUGGUGUAGCUUCCUUCCCGCUCCCAUUUGAAAUCCUAGAACUGACACAGCUCUCCUGCAGCUCUGCCUCCUCUCGAUGUCUCUCCUUCACUCGCAUGCAGUUUGCUUCAAUAAAUUAUUGUAGUAGUUUGCAAUAAACUUUUUUGUAUUUUU